GGCCUUAGUUAUCGUACCACUUUCAUUUUCUCUAGGCAGAGAAAGCUCUGGAGAGUUUCAUGUGAUUAUCUUUCUGUAUAACGACAGAAAAGGCAAAGAGGAAGCAUCGAAAUGGCAGGAGCAACAACUGACACAAAGUUUCCCCUAAGGAUAGUGCUGGUUGGUAAGAGUGGAGCAGGGAAGAGCGCAUCAGGGAACACCAUCCUGGGGAGGAAAGCUUUUGAGGAGGAUGCGUCCCCUGAGCCUGUAACCAUGGCGUCAACAUGUCAGAGUGCAGAGAUUGAUGGAAGAAACGUUUCUGUGAUUGACACCCCAGGGCUUUUCAGCACAUCCAUGGAUGAAGAGAAAGUUAAAGAUGAAUUUGAUAAGUGUAUUCUUCGCUCAGUCCCAGGACCCCAUGCGUUUCUGCUGGUGGUCAGGUUGGGCAGAUUCACACAAGACGAGAAGUCUGCUGUGCGGUGGAUCCAGGAGCACUUCGGGGAAGACGCCUCACGGUACACAUUGGUGCUGUUCACUGGUGCUGAUCAGAUAGAGAAUAAAACACUGGAUGAGUUUCUGAGCCCAUCCAAGGAAAUUCAGGACCUCAUUGAUUACUGUGGCGGCAGAUAUCAUGCUUUCAAAAAUAAAGAUAAACAGAACCUCACUCAGGUCCCCAAGCUGAUGCAGAAAAUAGAGAAGAUGGUGAUGAAGAACGGAGGAAAACACUACACCAAUGAGAUGUACGAGGAGGCUGAGAGAAAGAUGAAAGAGGAGGAGGAGAGGAGGAAGACAGCUGAAAAAAGGGAAACAAGAAAUAAAUAUAUUAAAGGGUUUGCGGCUGGGGCAGUGACUGCAGUAAUCGGUGCAGGAGUAACAGUUGCAGUUGUUGCAAAUCCAGCUACAGCAGCAAAGAUAAUCACCACAGCAGCAGCAGCAGUGUGCGAAAAGGCUGGAAACCACCUUGCAAAUGUACGGUUGUGAUGGAUGGAAUUUGGCAGCAUUUAGCCACCAUGGAGCAAAACUCCAGAAUAAUCGCAAGAUUAAUCGUGGAUGCAAGAGAAGCAGCAUCUGUUGAAAAACAUACCCUUUACUUAAUCACACAAGCUGUCUGUUUCUUAUUUGAAUUGUUAUGUUUUUAUUACAAAUUGUAAUUUCCAAGUCUAAAGUAAUUUCUUAGUCUACGUUUAUAUAUAAUGAUUUACUCGUUUCAUUUUUAGAAUGUUAUUGUUGUUGAUCUAGUCCCUUAGGUAUUAUUAUUGGUAUUCAUGACUCCUAGGUAAAAUUUUGGGAUACUGUGCAAUUGCUUUUUAUUUUUUAUUUCCUUUAUAUUUCCAUUUGCUGUCAUUGCUUACAUUUUUUCUCUCAUCUUUUGUAAAGCACAUUGAGCAGCAAUUGUUUGAAAAGUGCUAUACAAAUUAAAUUUGAUUGAUUGAAUUUCA